AUGAGAGAGGUAAAGACAGCCGGGCUCAUCUUCAUCUGUUUUCCACUGCUUCACGGUUUUGUUGCAGCAUUGAACUGCACCAGCCCAACUCCUGAAUCUUUGUUUGCUGGACUUGAGAAGGAACUAUUUCCAACAAAACUACUGCGACCUGUAAAAAGCUUUUCAGAUACAUUGAACGUAACCAUCUCUAUGACUUUGGUUGGAAUUAUAGGAGUGAAUGAAAAAGAGCAGUCCUUGACAACAUUCAUAUGGCAGGUCCUGGAGUGGUACAUAGACGGACUGAGCUGGGAUGAGAAGGAAUGCGGAACUGAAAGAGUCUCUAUCCCUCGAAAAAACCUGUGGGUCCCAGAUGUCCAAAUCUCUGAGUUCAUGGACGAGGACAAAUCUCCCAAAUCUCCCUAUGUCUACCUAUACAACACAGGUCGUGUAUAUGAUGAUAGGCCGAUCAGAGUGGUCAGCUCCUGCCGAUUAGAAAUCUACACUUUCCCCUUCGAUAGACAAAACUGCACUCUGACCUUUGGAUCUUAUAUACACUAUGCUGGAGACAUCACAAUGCUUCCAAGUAAAACACCUGAAGAAGACCUGGAGGAAUCCAGACAAGUGAUAGAGACCAGAGGGGAGUGGGAGCUUGUAGAUAUCGAAACAGCUCCAAUUACUCUGGAAAUACUCGAUGGAACCUACUCCGAGAUCAGAUAUUUUGUCAUUUUGAAACGUAGGCCACUCCUCUACGUGGUGAACCUCCUGGUCCCCAGCUGCUUCCUCAUCACAUUGGACCUCUUCAGCUUCCUGCUGCCUCCCCAUAGCGUGGACCGUGGUGCCUUCAAGAUGACCCUCAUCCUGGGCUACACCGUCUUUCUGCUCAUCAUGAACGACCUGCUGCCUGUCACUGGGGAGAUGACAACACCUCUCAUCAACACUCUAUUCUGUAUCAGUCUCGCUCUGAUGGUGGCCAGCCUGUUGGAGACCGUGUUUAUCACUAAUAUCCAGUGCAGCUCCAGGCAGUACGGUGCGGCUCCUCACUGGCUCAGUGUCCUCGUGUUACGAUAUCUAGCUGUUGUUGUUCGUAUCCCUCCAAAAAAGACCAACAUCACAGUCUCCCUUCAAGCAAGUGCUAGAGCAAUGAAUACCAGCAUCAUCUCUUCAAGAGAUCUUCAGAGCGUCUCUGGUGAGAUACCGCCAGUGAAACCCCCUCUGACCCCUCCGGAGCCAUCCCUGGAUGAACUGAGGGCGCUGAGCAUUGAUCUCUUGGCCAUCCGCCUCCAGAUGGACAAACACUUCCAGGGGAGCAAAGCCUCGCAGGAAUGGCAAAUGAUCGGGAUAGUCAUCGACCGUCUGCUGUUUGGCUUUUACAUUGUCUUCAUCUCUGUCUGCUUUCUCACCAUCUUAUGUCUUUGGAUCUGGAGUUAA